AUGGUAGCUGUCUGUGGAAUGUGUGACGCGAGCCCCGGCAUUAGCACGCCCAUCCGCAGCGCUCGCUGGGAGUCCAGACUCGGCCUUUUGGUAGCCGGGACCAUAGAAGACCCUAUAUCCGUGCGUUCCACGGCAUCUAGGUGCGGGUGUAAGCGUAUGUGCUCUAAAGGAGAAUGUGAGUUGUCGGUUGGCUCCUUUGAUAAUGGCGGCGUUCCCACCCAUGGAAUGCCGCGUUCAGCUGCAGGUAACGCAUCACGGAGGACGCCAACGUGCAUUAUGGAUCGUAAGCCGUUUGAAUGCUUGGGAUGUGUGGACCUGUGCACGAUUUCCACGGACGAAGAGGAUGUCGUACCAUGCAGCACGGCGCUGGGGGCGCCAACAAUGGGCGCAGUUGAUGUCGGUCGCCCCACUGCCGACUCAAUCGAGUGGUUCAAGCACAAGGACGCUGCCGUCAAACAUUUUUUCACACCGCCUCCUUGCACCCCAGCCAAGAAACCCAAGGCAUCGACUGGCAUGCAAUGCAGCAAAAGGCGCAAUUCCACCAGCGCCUGUGUCGCACUGCCAAAUCUCACAUCGGGGGGUAUUGACGCCGAAACUGGCGUGCGGAAUGACACACAAUCAUCUGAUGCGAACUGUGUCGCUCCCCCAGCGAAGAAAUAUACGAGUGCUUCAACAAUAAAGGGUACCUCUGGUGUACAACGGCCGAAGGCAUAUCGCCACAAGGUGCUUUUGAGGCUGCGUAAGAAGCAACCGCGCAACAACUACGAUUUGGCGCUCUUCCUGCUGCUCAAGUUCGGCGGCACGGAGAGCGCCGCCGGGCGCUCGGUUCUACGAGACGGGGCGCUUAUGGAGUGUUCCGCGCUAAGUCGGUUUCGCAACGAAGACGAAUUGGCUGUGUUCUACAGGAACGAGCGCACGGCUCUCAUGGGCAUGCUGAGCCGGCGUGUGGCCGUGAGUGCGCUGUCGCAGUCCCAGCUCAAUCGUAAGCUGGCGAAGCUUCUGCCGUCAACUCGGUGGUUCAACCGCCCCAAGUUGCUGCAGAAGAUCGUUGGCCAAGAACACUGGAAUCCGUUCUCUAUCUUCGGCAGCUCCCUGCCAUAUGUUAAUGUGUCAGAGGUAUUCGAGAACAAUAGUCGCGCUGCCUCUGAUAGGAAGCCGGGAUGUGAAAAUGCAUCUGCAUGCACAGGGGACCCUGACGUGCGCACAGAUGUGUCCACGAGCAAUGUUGCAGCGGCUUCCAACGCCGCAGCGAACCCGGCUGCAGACAGUCGGUGCGUCGGCCACAUCGUGCACACGACGCCGGGCAUAAACUGGUCGGGCGAUCCGCUGCUACUGGAUGAAGUCCUGUGGUACCUGGAGGCUACCGACAAGUAUGUGGACAAGAGCCGCCAAGUUUGCGCCCUGCAGCGCUGCUUCUGCGUUACUCCCAAUCCCCAAGUGGCCUUCAACUGGAACGAUGCGCGUAACCUCGCGUGGAGGGAAUACCGCGGCCCUCGCGCGUCCAUGGGACAGAUGCUUAGCCCAUCCACGUUCGGGGAGAGCAUGGCGGACUACGAGAAGCUGCGCAAGGAAUUUGAAUCGCAGUCAUCGCAGCGGGAUCCAGGACGCCAGCAAGACAGCACGGCAACCGACAAAUCGACCAAGAUACUCAACCGUGGUACGGGCGAAGAGUUGGAAUCGACCGCACCAGACGUUGGCGGCUGCUCGGCGACCGUUGAAUCAAGCGACAACUCGGCAUCACCGACGUUCGCGAAUAUGCCACGAACUCGGCAAGCGAAGAUGCAACAGCUAGUGUUUUAUCGCAACUACUUCAAGGCGAAUCGGCUUGAAGUGGAGCGGCGAUGA